AUGGGUCUCAUGCUUGUGGUGAAACGAUUUAGGGAGCCAAAGGAAGAGAGGAGGCCCUGGAGGAUAUGGUUUUAUGAUACCUCCAAGCAAGCAAUAGGUGCCCUCUUCAUCCACUUUGCCAAUGUUUUUCUGUCAGAUCUCACUGAAGAGGACCCUUGCUCUCUCUACCUUAUAAAUUUCAUCCUCGAUGCCACGCUGGGGAUGCUGCUGAUCUGGGUGGGUGUGAAAGUUGUCUCCUGGAUUGUGCAGCACAAGAAGUACACACACCUGGUCUUUGGGGAAUAUGGUGACCCUCCACAAGCUGCUGCCUGGGUUGGCCAGUGUAUCCUCUACUUGCUGAUAAUGGUUUUUGAGAAGACUGUGAUUAGCCUUGUCCUGCUUAUCCCUGGUUGGACAAAGCUUCAGCAGAUCCUUCUGGGUUACAUCCCAAACCCCCAGGUGGAGCUUGUCCUGGUGAUGCUUGUUGUGCCUUUCAUAGUCAAUGCCAUUAUGUUCUGGGUUGUGGACAGCCUGAUCAUGAGGAAAUACAAGCAGAAGGACACCCUAGACAUCAAUGGAUCCAUAGAAACUCCUCAGGCUAGGAGGACUGAGGAAUCUCAGGUGUUACUCUCUCCAGACAUGGAUUUUGAUCAGUCUGAAAGUGACCAGGAUAUUCCAGGACUCCAGGGAGCCAACCAGAAGAUGAAGCAGCCCAGCUAUCAAGUAGUCAUCUGACAACUCUGGGAACAAGGGAGGUGGAGGAAAGAGCAGCACUGUGAUUCUUGAGCUGGCUGAGGAAGGAUUGGGUGGAGAAUGCUAAUUGAUCCCUAUGGAU